AUGGAGACUUCAGGGCAAUUAAACAACAGCGACAUCAACCAAGGGAACGAACAAAACGAGGCUUUCAUUAGAGUCUUGGUGUUAAUCCUGGAUGGGUUGAUUCUGGUGACUGGACUUGUGGGCCAGAUCCUUGUCAUCGUUAUCCUAACUGGAAGGAGAAAGAAAGAGAGCCAACCUCCUCAUGGUACGGACACCCUGCUGCUGGCUCUGAGUGCUGCUGACCUGCUGCUGUUACUCUGCCUGCCCUUCCAUACCUCCGCCAUCACCCUGGGCUUCUGGCCCUUUGGCGGCUUCCUGUGUAAAGCCAUCAGCUUUUUGGGCGUGAUGUGCUCCACGGCUUCAGUGUUCACGCUGGCAGCUUUGGCCGUGACGCGGUACCUCACAGUGGUGCACCCCACCUGGGCGUAUCGUUUAAGGAUGAACAGGCGCAUUAAGCUGGCGGCGGCUCUGCUCUGGAUCCCCGCCUCGGCCUUGGCAGCGCCGCAGUUUGCCUUCCGCACAAUUACAGUGUCCCGCACAGUUUACUGCUUCGCCUUCCUGUCCGACGUCUGCCAGCUGGUCUACAGCAUCGCCCUUUUUCUCUUUGGUUUCGCUCUACCUCUCGGUGUCAUCGUGCUGAUGUACGCCAAGAUCUACUGUUUUCUCCAGCAUGCGCGGCAGAUGGGUAAUGCCCCACAGCUGGAACGUUACCAGCGCCAGGUGACUCACACCUCCGCUCUGCUGGUUGUUGUCUUUACGCUGCUGUGGCUGCCCUCCUACGCCCUCAUGUUCUCCAUCAUUGGAGGAAAUCUGACCGGCUUACGGCGUCACAAUACCUUUCCCGUUUUGGCCAGGCUGCUGUCGUGCUCAGUCGCAGUGAUAAACCCUGUGCUGUACGUACUAAUGUCUCAGAAGUUUAGACGAGACUUAUUGGAACUUGGCAGAGGGGGCUGGGCCUGCUGGAAAAGCUGCCCGAUUAUCGGUUCGUGUGUGACGAGCAGUGACACAGUCAGGCCCUUUGAACUGGACACAACGUCAGAAAGAGGUGAACACUUACCCAGACCAAAAAGUGACAAUGGUAACCACUACUAA